AGUCUGUAUGAGCUACAGAGGACUCCACAGGUAGGGACCACGUUAAUGUAACACCUCAGUCUGUAUGAGCUACAGAGGACUCCACAGGUAGGGACCACGUUAAUGUAACACCUCAGUCUGUAUGAGCUACAGAGGACUCCACAGGUAGGGACCACGUUAAUGUAACACCUCAGUCUGUAUGAGUUACAGAGGACUCCACAGGUAGGGACCACGUUAAUGUAACAACUCAGUCUCUAUGAGCUACAGAGGACUCCACCAGUAGGAACCACGUUAAUGUAACACCUCAGUCUGUAUGAGUUACAGAGGACUCCACCAGUAGGGACCACGUUAAUGUAACACCUCAGUCUGUAUGAGCUACAGAGGACUCCACAAGUAGGGACCACGUUAAUGUAACACCUCAGUCUGUAUGAGUUACAGAGGACUCCACCAGUAGGGACCACGUUAAUGUAACACCUCAGUCUGUAUGAGUUACAGAGGACUCCACCAGUAGGGACCACGUUAAUGUAACACCUCAGUCUGUAUGAGCUACAGAGGACUCCACAGGUAGGGACCACGUUAAUGUAACACCUCAGUCUGUAUGAGCUACAGAGGACUCCACAGGUAGGGACCACGUUAAUGUAACACCUCAGUCUGUAUGAGUUACAGAGGACUCCACCAGUAGGAACCACGUUAAUGUAACACCUCAGUCUGUAUGAGCUACAGAGGACUCCACAAGUAGGGACCACGUUAAUGUAACACCUCAGUCUGUAUGAGCUACAGAGGACUCCACAGGUAGGGACCACGUUAAUGUAACACCUCAGUCUGUAUGAGCUACAGAGGACUCCACAGGUAGGGACCACGUUAAUGUAACACCUCAGUCUGUAUGAGCUACAGAGGACUCCACAGGAGGCCAUCACAGAUGGGCUGGAGAUCGCUGUGUCUCCCAGGAGCCUGCACAGUGAGCUGAUGUGUCCCAUCUGUCUGGACAUGCUGAAGAACACCAUGACAACCAAGGAAUGUCUGCACCGCUUCUGUGCCGACUGCAUCAUCACCGCCCUCAGAUCAGGCAACAAGGAAUGCCCUACGUGCAGAAAGAAGCUGGUGUCUAAGCGGUCCCUGCGGCCGGACCCUAACUUCGACGCCCUCAUCAGUAAGAUCUACCCCAGCAGAGACGAGUACGAGGCCCACCAGGAGAGGGUUCUGGCCCGCAUCUCCAAACACACCAACCAGCAGGCCCUGUCCCACAGCAUCGAGGAGGGCCUCAAGAUACAGGCCAAGAACAGGCUGCAGCGAGGGAAGAAGCACCAGCUGGAGAACGGGAGCGGGGCGGAGGACAAUGGUGACUCCUCCCACUGCAGCAAUGCCUCCGUCCACUCCAACCAGCAGGAGGCGGGGCCGAGCAUCAAGCGUACCAAGACGUCAGAUGACUCUGGUCUGGACAUGGACAACGCUACAGAGAACGGAGGAGGAGGAGACGUGGCCGUGGACGGAGCCAGCGAGAUAGAACUGGUGUUCUGUCCUCAUCCUACGCUCAUGGACAAGGACGACACCGUGCAGACCAGUGUUGAGUUUGUUCCCAGGUACAUCAAGACGUCGGGUAACGCCACAGUCGACCACCUGUCUAAGUACCUGGCUGUGCGUCUGGCCCUGGAGGAACUGAGGAAGAACGGAGAGGCCAGCCCUGUCAAUGUAGACGCUGCCUCCGAGAAACAAUACACCAUUUAUAUCCCUACAGCCAACGGCCAGUUCACGGUGCUGAACGGGUCUUUCUCUCUGGAGCUUGUCAGCGAGAAGUACUGGAAGGUGAACAAGCCCAUGGAGCUGUUCUUCGCCCCCACCAAGGAGCACAAGUAGACCAGCUGGAGUACACCUGGGGGGUAGACCGCCUGGAGUACACCUGGGGGGGUAGACCGCCUGGAGAACACCUGGGGGGGUAGACCGCCUGGAGAACACCUGGGGGGGUAGACCGCCUGGAGU